UAAUGCUAUUUCACUUCAAUGCCUGAUAAGGCGCCAAUUUGGGAAAUCUGACUGCAAAACAUGUGAGCAUCGUCGUUUCACAUAGUAUACAAGCUGAUCCGAUUAAUUUAUUAGUUGAGCAACUAUCCAACUAGUUCCAUUACUACCAAAUUUUCGGAGCUUAGCCACCGUCGUGUCUACCCGGCGAUCUCUGAUCAGAUGGAUGGUGAAAAUGGAAAUUUUAAACACGAACGUUCAAGGACAAGGUGGACGCCGUCUCUUGAUAAGAUAUUUGCAGAUUUGGUUGUAAAGCAUAUACAACUUGAUAACAGACCAAACAAUGUAUUUGAUAAGAAAACUUGGAAUCUCAUACGCGAUGAGUUCAACAAGCACACGGAUCUAAAUUUCAACAACAAUCAGUUGAGAAAACACUUGGAUGUGCUGAGGAUACGCUACCAUAAUUUAAAGUCAGCUUUUGUUCAAAAUGACUUUAUGAUGGAAGAUUCUUCCUGCAUUGGGUUUGACUUAUGGGAGGAUAUCGGGGCUCAGCCUCGGACAGAGACGAUCAAAGUCCGGGAUUGUCCCAUAUACGAGCAACUAUGCACUAUAUUCACAGAUUCAUCGGCAGAUGGAAAGUACGCUCAAUCUAGUCACUUUGAAGGGUCGGAAAAAAAUGAUGGAAAUGAUUAUGCAGGCUUAGCUUCCCCUGUGGUUGGUGGAUCAUCUCAUUGUGAAAAUCGAAACUCUUUAUUGCCAGAUAAGAUAGCUAAGAAUAUAGCGGAGAGAAAAAGGAAAAGGCAGUCAGAGACACAAUUUUCUUCAGAGCAGAGUAAGAAGGAUCAAGAAAUAAAUGAAGCUAUGGCAGAAGCCUUGUUAGAAAUGAUAGGUUCUUCAAGUUGGAGAAAGGUUUCAGCUACAAAAAAGGAUGAGAAAUUUACCAUAACUAACUGCAUUAAAGCUUUAGAUGACAUAGAAGACAUUGACCAAGAACUAUAUUUUGCAGCUUUGGACCUUUUUGAAGACCUUAACUUGCGGAAGACAUUUCUCUCUUUGAAAGGUAAUCCAAUACGACUGAAUUGGUUGCAAUGGAAAUGCAGUAGAUCAGCCAUUUACUAAUAGGAUAUGGAAGUUUAACCUUCUCCUCUAGGAUGUAUAAACAUGUUCCUUGUUGAUUUAAUUUUUCUUAAUGUUUGCAAGCAAAUGGUUUUGUCUGUCAUUGGCUUACUAUGAUGUGUUUUGUAAAGGUUGUGCCUGUUUCAACUUGGCUAAUACCUUGGCUUAACGGUCAUAAAGAUGGGCAAUACAUCUUACUUGUAUACUUUCAUGUAGAAAAAAAAGGACAGAUUAAUUCAAAGCAUUGCUAAUCCAUGGAACGAAAGUACUCAUUUGUUCUUCUA